AUGGGGAAAGAUUUCAAGAGUAUGGUGACACGAUGCAUCUACGUCGGAAAAGAGAACGAUAACGUAAGGAAGCUGAAAAUCGCUGCGGAGGAGCUCAAGGAUCUACGAAACAAUGUGAUGAAAAGGGUCAAAAUGUAUGAAGACCAGCAGAAGCUGAAGCGGCUCGAGAAAGUCCAAGUCUGGCUUAGACAAGCCGAUGUAGCGAUCAAAGAAGCAGAAGAGAUGUUGAUAACGAUGAUGUCUUCUUCGUCUUCAAAUGGAUCGAGCAUGAUGAGUUGUCACAAGAUGGACAAGAAGCUUUGCAAGAAGCUGAAAGAGGUUCAGGAGAUAAAGAGCAGAGGAACAUUCGAUGUGGUGGUUGAGAAUAGUGGCAUUGGUGGAUCGAUGAUGAGUUCGACCGUUGAUAAAGAUGAUCAGACGGUUGGACUGGAGGCUGUUUCGGGGCUAGUAUGGAGGUGUAUGACGGUGGAUAACACCGGCAUUAUUGGGUUGUACGGCGUGGAAGGCGUUGGGAAGACCACGGUGCUGACUCAGGUCAACAACAGAUUGCUUCAGCACAAGUCGAAUGGGUUUGACUUUGUGAUUUGGGUGUUUGUGUCCAAGAAUCUGAAUCUUGAGAAGAUCCAGGACACGAUCCGUGAAAAGAUAGGGUUUCUUGAUAGGUCCUGGACGAGCAAGACAGAGGAAGAGAAAGCUGGUAAGAUCUUCGAUAUACUUAGCAAGAGACGAUUUGCUUUGUUCCUCGAUGACGUUUGGGAGAAAGUCGAUCUAGUCAAAGCUGGUGUUCCACCGCCUGACGGACAGAACAGAUCGAAGAUCGUGUUCACCACCUGUUCGGACGAGGUUUGUCGGGAAAUGGGAGCACAGACUAAGAUAAAAAUGGAGAAGCUGCCAUGGGAGAGAGCUUGGGACUUGUUUAAAAAGAAUGCCGGAGAAGAGACAGUGAAGAGCCACCCUGACAUAACCAAAGUUGCUCAGGAGGUUGCAGCCAAGUGCGACGGCCUCCCACUAGCUCUAGUCACAAUUGGCCGAGCCAUGGCCUCUAAGAAAACACCUCAGGAAUGGCGUGACGCUUUGUACAUCUUGAGUAACUCUCCUCCCAAUUUCUCAGUUCUCAAGUUACUGGACAGGAACUAAUAUCUACACUCGAUUGAGGAAUCGUACGUGUUGUGUGCAUGGAGGGCUUAAAGAUAGCUGCGUAGGUUUUGAUUAGGGAGAUAAAUCAUUGUAAUUUGUAUGUGUGUAUUUUAUUUGAGAGUUAAGUGUAUUAUAUUGUGUCACGGGCGAUAAUUUGGUUGAAGGCUUUGCAAUGUUUUGAUGGUUAAA